AUGACGUCGGCAGACAGAGACGAUUUGGUACAAGCUCUGCCCAGUAAACGCUCCAAUUACAAACCCACCAUUUGCAAAUUACCCCAACUUUUCGGCGCUGCCGUCUCGUUACCCGGUCGUUGUGUCCCACCCGAAGCCCGGACGGGGAGUCAUGAUAACUACGCUUAUGUAGUUAUUGAUGAUAAGACUAAGGACGCUAUGAUCGUUGAUCCGGCCAAUCCACCCGAGGUCCUCCCGGUUCUUAAAGAGCUGAUUGACAGCGGGAAGAUCAAUUUCAAGGGCAUUAUCAAUACCCACCAUCACCGUGAUCAUGCUGGUGGUAAUGCAGAAACACUAAAACAAUACCCCCACACACCUAUCAUCGGUGGUAAAGAUUGCGACCAAGUCACCACAACGCCUAAGCACAAUGAAACUUUCAAAAUUGGUGAAGGUAUCAAUGUUCGGGCAAUUCACACACCCUGUCAUACUCAAGAUAGUAUUUGUUACUUCUUGGAAGAUGGAGAAGAGAAGGUCGUCUUUACAGGCGAUACACUGUUUAUUGCUGGAUGUGGAAGAUUCUUUGAAGGAACAGCAGAGGAAAUGCAUGAGGCCUUGAACAAUAGGUUGGGGAAGUUGCCGGAAGACACACGGGUUUAUCCUGGCCAUGAAUACACCAAAUCUAAUAUUAAGUUUGGGAAGUCGGUUCUUGACACACCAGCCGUUCGUGACCUCGUCCAGUUUUGCGAGGAGAAUGAAGAAACCCAAGGCAAAUUUACAAUUGGAGAUGAGCUGAAGCAUAAUGUUUUCAUGAGAAUCGAGGACCCGGAAAUCCAGAAGGCGACAGGGGAGACAGACCCACUAAAGGUUAUGCAAAAACUGCGGGAUAUGAAGAAUAACUUCAGAGGCUAG